AUGACCACUCCAGAGUACUGGGACUAUGGACAUGAUGAGGAGGAGGUCACGAGGGUAGUAAAUUCAUCGGAUGAAAAGAAUAGUGAAAAAGAACACACACAAAUGAUGGAAGAGAGCUUCACAAUGGGGCUUUUAUAUUGUCUAGAAACAAUAAUACAAAACAAAAAGAGACUGGAGCCUUCAAAGAAAUCUGAGAAGGGUGAGGGUUUUGAUGUGUUAAAGAGUGGCGAUGCUAGAGUUGCCUUGAUAGGUUUUCCUUCUGUGGAAAAAUCGACUUUGUUAUCUACUUUAACUAAAACUGAGAGUGAGGCAGCCUCAUAUGAGUUCACAACAUUGACCUGCAUUCCAGGUGUUAUUGAGUAUAAUGGUGCUAAUAUUCAAUUGUUAGAUUUGCCUGGUAUCAUUGAAGGAGCUUCCCAAGGAAAAGGAAGAGGUAGACAAGUAAUUGCUGUGGCUAGAACUGCUGAUUUUCAACAAAUUUUCAUUUUAUUAAUCUUCAUUUAA